CGGUCCCCUCUCAAAAAAAAAGUUUCUCAUCAAAAAAGAAGGAAAAUUUUCCUAAAGAAAAGAAACAGGCGUGCGCCUCCCUGAUUCCCUGCCCCGACUCCUCCAGGCUCCAGCAGAUCUCUUCGCCGGAAUCGCGACCGCAUCGCUCGCCUCUCCUCCCGCAGUCUCGAUCCCCUUUGCCUCCGCCGGCCCCCGUUCUCUCCACCUCGAGUUGCAAGCGGCGACUCUACGCGAGGAGAGAGGAUCAGCCUUAACCGCCCUGCCCGCCCACAUCAUUCAGCACGCGCUAGUAUUUGUCUCCCCGCGGUCGGUCCUCCUUCGUCCUCCAGCCGUCAGCUACUCGAGCACCACCUCCUCCAGGAUGGCAUAGCCUUAUCGAUAACGGCGAGGUUCAAAAGAGGGAAGGCUUGCGGGUCUUCAUCUGGAUUGGCUAAUACCAUUUGUUCCAGAUGGGCUUGUGGAUGCUGCUGGAAGGAUUUUUGCUUCUUGCAAAUGCACUGGCCAUACUGAAUGAAGACCGGUUUCUUGGUCCGAGGGGUUGGAGCAUGUCUGAAGUUUCAGGAAAUGGGCAAACAAAGUCGCUGAAGGGCCAGAUCGUGGGGCUCAUCUACGCCACUCAGUUUUUGCGUGUGCCCCUGAUAGCACUUAAUGUUCUUAUCAUUGUUGUGAAGUUGGUGUCAGGCUGAGGCUCUUUGCUGUGCCUCUGCUGUUGAGUUGGAUUGAUUUUAAUUCCAGCAUCAUGUAUAAGCUAAUGUUCAGAAGUUGCUGGAACUUGUUCACGUUGACUCGAACGGCUUUUUGGUACUGCUACUGUAAAUUAGAUCUCACAUAAUUUUAUCAAAGGCACCCUGAAGGUAUCUUUCCUGUCGUCUUCCAAA